AUGACAAGAUCACAGCUGGGAGCCCUCGUACGAAAUCUACGAACUGCUGCAUUAAGAACAACGACAACGGGCUGUACUUUACGGAAAAUACAGACACCCGCGCAACCUCAGACUAGACCCCAAGAGAGACUAAACAUCACGUUCUUCGUCAACAAACACAACAGCCUAAGCCAACGAGUGGCGGAAGAACUAAAAGCCAGGAAUCACAAAGUGCAAGUUUGCGAAGUCGAGAAUGCAGAGGAGAUGGUUGUUAACGCGAAAAUGACAAGUCCGGAUAUGAUAUUUUGCCCUUUCUUGACAUUGCGCGUUCCUGAGGAAGUCUGGGCCGACUCGCGAGUUCCCUGUCUUAUUGUACAUCCGGGUAUCGAGGGCGACCGCGGAAUGUCGUCACUUGAUUGGGCAUUGAAGGAAGGAGAGAGAGACUGGGGCGUGACAGUGCUACAAGCGGCGGAGGAGAUGGACAUGGGUGAUGUCUGGAGCACGCAGAACUUCUCCAUCCACCGUGAGAACAUCAACACUCUGACAAAAUCUAGUCUUUACAGCAACGAGGUCACCUAUGCUGCUGUAGAGAACUGCUUACGAACCAUUGAAAACUUUACUUCCGGUACCCAGCCAAGGCCCCUUGACUACUCUAAGCAACACAUCCGCGGGAGACUAAGAACGUCUAUGAAGAACAUUGACCGAAAAAUAGACUGGGAGAAAUCGUCAGAGGAAGUGGCACGCAUAGUGCGCAUGUCAGAUACAGCACCAGGCGCGCUCGCACAUUUAAAGCAGAAGGGGUCUGGUAAUGAGGGGUCGAAGGCGUGGCGAGUGUUUGGCGCUUCCAUCGAAGAGCAACUCCCUGAAAGUCGGGGCGCACCCGGAGAAAUCAUAGGCCAAAGGGAUAACGCGAUUCUUGUAAAGUGCGGUGCGGGAAGCGUAUGGCUGUCGCACCUCAAGAAAGAUAAGCUCAAGCUACCAGCCACAUACUGGUUAAAGGACCUUGAAGUGCCUGUCCUUCCGAGUCCUCCAGUAGAAGUACCUCAUGGAACAUUCCCGCGGACUUUUCAGGAAAUCUGGACGACAGUCAGUCCUGAUGGCAUCUGCUCGGUUAACUUCGAGUUCUACAAUGGCGCCAUGAGCACGGCGCAGUGUCGCCGCCUUUCCUCUGUCUUACAGGCCGUGGAGAGGGACGACAGAGUCAAGGUGGUAGUGCUCAAAGGUGGCUACAACUUCUACAGCAACGGCAUUCACCUCAACGUGAUCGAAGACGCGACCGACCCCGCCUUGGAGGCCUGGAAUAACAUCAACGCCAUCAACGACAUCGUGCGCAACGUCUUUACUAGCAAGAAGGUGACGAUUACCGCUAUGCAAGGUAACGCAGGCGCGGGUGGUGUUAUGAUGGCACUGGCAAGUGAUCUGACCUGGUCACGUGAUGGCGUAGUCCUGAACCCUCACUACCGGCUGAUGCACCUGUUUGGCUCCGAGUACCACACCUACUUUCUUCCCCAGAGGGUAGGGCGAGACAAGGCAGAGGACCUGCUAUCCUCGGCUGCGCCUCUGCUUUCAAGAGAAGCUGUCAAUAUUGGCUUAGUGCACUCAGCGUAUGGGAAUACGGUCCAGGAGUUCUCUGCGUAUGUUGAUGAAAAAGCUAGAUAUUUUGCUAGCAACAAAAAACAUCAACAACUUAUCAGAAUGAAGAAUAGCUAUCGCUCAGAAAAGUGGCUGCAAAUGCUUGAAAAACACCGAGAGAAUGAAAACUUAAUGAUGAGAAAAAGCUUCCACAGCCAAGAAUUCCACAACGCAAGAAAAUACUUCGUAUAUCACUAAUGCCAGCUAUUAAAAAACACAUUUAAUAACUUUACAUUAAACAUUGCAUCCCUCAACUUAUUAUAGUAUAAUUUGCAAUUUUUAUUUCAAUUUUUAUUACCAUAUCCAGUCAAAUAUCUAACAAGCCUUAGCCAUUAUGUGGAAUUUUAUCAAUGUAUCAAUAGGUGGGUAGAUAAGAUGGAACAAGCAUUUUCAGGGCCGUAGCUAGCAUGGGGCAGCUGCCCCACAUCAGUAGAGCCGAAAUUUUUCGUAUAAACGGUAAAAAGGAAAGGGUGCCUGCUACAACAGCAAAUACAAGGAAUGUCUGACGCGUGCCCCCAAAGCGAAAUGUUCUAGCUAUAGCCCUGGUUUUGUCCCAUUUACCCACUGAAAAAUUUUAAAUCGAACAAGGAGAAACGGCAAAAUUGAACCACAUUUUUGUAAAAAAGUAGACUUUACUCUAAAUCAACAUGUAAUUAUAACUUGAGGAAGGUAAGACCCCUGUAACAGAAAAUGGCAAGAAAGAAUAAACAAUUUUGAGAUGUGUAAUUACUCCUAAAAA